GAAUUUUCAUCAAAAAUGUCUUGCUUUCUGUUUAGAAGAAAGAAAACUAUGAAGGAAACACCUGAGGGUCUGGAGGAGGAGAGAAAGAAGGAGAGGGAGGAGGAGAAGAAAAAGAAGGAGGAGAAAAAGAAAAAGAAGGAGGAGAAGGAAAAGAAAAAGAAGGAGGAGAGGAAAAAGAAAAGAAGCCGGAUUGCUUCCUUCUUCAAAUCAAUGUUCUGCCUCUCUCUGGAUGUGGAGGAGAGUAUAAUGGUGGUGGAGGAGGACAAAAAUCAGGGAGAAAACUUGGAGGAGGAGCAAAAAACACUCCCCAUGUCAACAGAACAAAGUUCUGAUGAUUUUGAAGAAGACAUCAUGAAGGAGGAAGAGGAGAACUUGAAAGAAGAGGAGGAAAGAAAGAUGAAGGAAAAAACUGUGAAAGAGAAAGAGACAAUAAAAGAGGAGGAGGAGGAAAUGGAGAGAGUUAAGGUGGAGGAGAAGAUGGUGCAGACAGAGGAAGAGGAGAUGGAGGAGGUGAAAAUCAAGAAGAGAAGGAGGAGGAGGAUUAUGAAAGAGGAGAUAAUACAGGAGGAGGAGAAUAUAAUUGAGGAAGAGGAGGAGGAGAUGAGUGAGGAGGAGGACAAGAAAACUCAGGAAGAUAAGUGGAAGAACAAAAGACGGAGGAGGGGGAGAAGUCAUGGAAAGAAACAGAAGGAGACGAUAAAGGAGGGGAAGAAGAAAAAGGUUGUGAAAAAGAGGUCAAAGAAGGAAAGACAGAGGAGGAGAUGGAAAAGUAAGAGAAUGAAUUUAGAGUGGAUGAACAAAGAGGACGAGAAGAUCAAGAAGGACUGGGAGGAGAUAUUGAAGGAGGAAGAGGAGUAUGUUGGGUGUUAUGUGAAGUCAGCAUUACAUGCUAAAGCACAGACUGUUUUGUUGCAGUGUGGGGGUGACGGACUGUAUAAAGUGUUAUAAAGGGCUGGGGGCUGACUUUUGUUGUUUUUGUUCAAUGUUAAAUAAACUGAAUGCAAAACUCAAAUACUG